UAGCUUAAGUGUUUGCCUAGAAAGGCAAGCCACGUGUUUCAUACAUGCCGCAUUCCACAUGUCAUGUUGAUGUUCUCUUUAAUUUAGGUCAACUUUAUCGCACGACAUGACGAGCAACAUUACUGAGAAAGGUUCACCUGCGAUGGCCAUUGAAAACUUUGAGAUCAUUUCAACCGUUGUUCUGUGUAUUGUCGGAGGUAUUGGAAACACCUUGGUGGUGUUAGUAGUAUGUCGACAGAGCAAGAUGAGAACUGUGACCAAUUUUCUAAUCGUCAACCUCGCUGCGAGCGAUCUAUUCGUACUGUUCAUCAAUAUACCUUUGGAUUUGAUCGUGAAGUUUUCUGGUGAUAAAUGGUUAUAUGGUGCUAGCAUGUGCAAAUUGAUACAACCGUUACAGACUAUGGCCACAACGGUAUCAGUUUGGUCAUUGGUUGCUAUUAGUAUUGGACGGUAAGUGUAUUGUAUUAGAUUUAGUUUAUGAUACGUCGAUAGCUCUGUCACUUUUAAGCAUGCACUCCGUAUCAAUUAUUGAGCAGAGAUAGUAAUGAAGCUAUUAAGUAACUUUGGAACAAAUAAGCAACGCUUUCGUUUUCUCUAAAGCUUUGCAUGGCGUUCAUAGUAAAAAUAAGGAACAAUUUCUUGUGGUUACACCAUUUUCAUUUGUUGUGUUCUUUCUCUGAAGAUAUGGCCCCGAGUACACGGAUUGAAUUGAAUUAAAUACAUGGUGUAACAACAAAUUCUUCCUUAUUUUUAAGCUAAGCUUUUGUAAGUAUAUAUGCUACCAUGCAUAUUGUAUGGUGCAACGGCUGUUGCUUGUGGAAGAUAAACUGACUCACAAGCAAACAAAAAAUACUAAGCCAAAGGGGGCAAAGGAAUGUUUUAAAAAAUUAAAAGAGUAGGUAAAUCUAGUUAAAAUGUUACAAUAAAGAACGAAUCUUAGUCCAGAAAGAGUAUACAAUAUACUAAAAGCUGCCAGGCAUAUUUGUUAUCUGUACAAUUUCCUGCAUUGGAUUAUUGAAAUCGUAAUCCAUAAGUGAUACGAGAAUUUUAAUUAAGCAUGCAUGAACACGCAAUGCACAAAUUUGGCCAAAGGUUAUCUAUACUCAAUCCUAGUAACAAGGUAUGUGAGUUAUCCCAAGUCGAAUGUCCCAGUUUAGAGGAUGAUGGGAAUAGAAUAAAGGUAACUUAUAUAAGCAUUAAAUGCUUGCGAUGUUACUCUGAGUGUAUAUCCACAUCAAGCUUGCCCGGUGUGGAUAUACACUCAGAGUAACAUCACAAGCAUCAUAUUCACCUGAGUACAUUACACCAACACAGAAAAAUCAUAUACUAGAUUACAUUGAUAUCGAAGGAACUAGAUUCUGUUCCGAAAUAUCACAAACUCGAGCCGACCUGACCGCGUAGCUCAGUUGGCAGAGCUGCCAGAGCAUUGGGCUAGUAUUCCAAAGGUCGUAGAUUCCCAUCCUGGACAGGCAUAUUUUUCAAGCUUGCCCGGUGUGGAAUGUGUAUAUACACUCAGAGUAACAUCACAAGCAUCAUAUUCACCUGAGUGCAUUACACCAACACAGAAAAAUCGUAUAAGCAUUAAAGUUGUUCAUAAUUAUGUGACAUGUGAGGUCUAACUUGAAUGCAUAAUUUCAAUGCAUAUAGUAACCCUUCUAUUGUAUAUGGUUCUAUAGCAACUGAACCCAGAGUAACUGGACGGGUGGGUUCCCCCAAAUUGUGCAUUGGGUAUAGCACAUUAUUAAUAAAAAGGUUAGCCAAUGUGUAUGAAACAACAAUGGGAACUUAAUACGCGCUUCAUACGAUCACAAUUUCAUUUUAGUAUACCUCAAUCAUCAGGACUGUCGUGAGGCCGGAUAUAUGCAUGUUGAUAUACCAGCAAAGUUAUUUCAUGUUUUCAUACUUCAAAUAUAUUUAAAAUCUUUAUCAAUCAUUCAAGGCCACAUGGCACAUGCUCACGCAAUCAAAAAUCCCCCAAAUUGCUAAUGGUCGAUUGAAGAGAACAAAGACCGAUUUGUGGAAUUCUCUAAUUCAGAAAUACAGUAUAUAUCUCUUUAAAAAUACACAAGAAGGGUGAAUCUUGAAAGUCAUUUCUGGACUUAGAUCUGGGCUUGUAUAAGUCCUAAGUCUAAGAUUAAAAAACAAUCUUGAAAAUCUAAAAACUUGUCACUCAUUUGGUCAGGCAGAAUGGAGUAGUGCAAUUUUCUACUGUUUGAAUUAAUUUAAGAGGGUAUACUCAUUUUUACCUAGAGCUAUAGUUGCCACUAAUUGUUGGAAAUAACCCAGUAACACAAACUAAAAUAGCACAAGACGAUAAUUCAAUUGGUAUUAAUGAAAAAUAAUAAUGAAAAAGAGAAUUACAGGAAACUACGCAAUAUAUGCUAAUUAAGGAAGAACCAAAUGACGAUAAACAAAUGCCACGUGCAGUGCGUCAAAUGUCAGAAGACACCUCUGCGGCUCUACUUCUGCGCCAUCAGGUAGUGGACACCUAAUUCAAUCAUUCACUAUGUUUAAAUUAUAAAACAUCUGUGCGGCGCAAAAAUGCAUUCAUUAAUCGCAAGUAUUCUUGAAGGCCAUGUUAAACUGUUUUUUACGGCAACUUUUGACCACUUGAGUGCAAUUUCCGUUGUAAAAUGGUAUAAUAAAUUGUAUCACUUCAAACGUUAAGUGAUCUUUUCCAUGAUCCUUGCCUGUAUUAUGAUGUAUGAUCUACAUGUAUGAAAUUUCGGCAGAAUAUGCCGCUACUCAACACAUCUUUUAAGAAAAGAUAAUCACAGUGUUACAUAUGAAAUGAAUAAGUUGAUUGCUGAAUUGAACACAUUUUAACCUUAGUGAACUGCAAAGGUAAUGGUUCACAGGCUUGAAGUAUCUACCACACAAGACCUCUAAGGAGAGCAGUUUCAACUGUUAGAGCUAGCUAUCCAACGGUAGUUUAAUGCAGGGAAGCGAAUACCCUCUGUAUCCUACCAAAGUCCCCCCCCCCCCCCUCCCAACAUGAUGAGCCUGAAUCAACUGCAACCCCCACUCUCAAAUGAUAGCCUCUCUGGACAAGUGGCCGUGGUGACCGUGAAAACCCAGAACUUUUAUUCGCUACUCUUAUCACCCAAAUCCCAUUCUCUAAGCAAUAGACUGUACUAUUUAUUCCACUCUUGCCCCAAUGGUUUCGCGACCAACACCGUUAGCAAUAGGAUUUUCAAGGAUUCCUUUUCCUAUGACUAAAACUAUGUUUCGUUACUUUUUAUCUAGCUACAUCGCAAUCGUCUAUCCGUUCCGUCCUCAGCUGCAAACUAGCCAUGCUAAAUGGAUAAUCUUACUGGUCUGGACCAUCGGUCUGGUGGUUGUUAUACCAUACAUGUUGGCAUUAGAGUUGAAUGGUGAUACCUGCCAGGAGGAUUUUGAGGCAGCUGGCAUGGUAACACGAGCAUAUACUAUUGGUGUUUUCAUUGCACAAUAUAUUGUGCCUUUAACCAUCAUUGUCGUCUGUUAUAUAAGGUGGGUAGUAUUGGUAUUCACGAGACUUAAUUGGUGGUAGGCAUAGAUAUCUUAUAUACACUAGAUAGUGCAUCUAAUUAUUCUGCAAUUUGAAGCCGUGAUUGCAGACUCAGGAUAUUCCCAUGAAGUGAGAAGACUCGUAUGUUUUCCAUUUAUUAAACAGGGGACUUAAACAUUAAGGUAAACCUAUUCCAAAUACAUUUUCAAAUUAUUCAAAUGAUGAAAGUUAUUGUUGUUUUUUAAGCAUUUAUUAGCGAGUGGGAAACUCCAACAUGGCCGCCAUCUAUUCAAAUGGGGGUAACCGCUGGAAUAUUAUUGGCUUCAAUUUUACUAAACUGAGAGAUGCGCUAUCUAGUGUAUAUAAGAUAUCUAUGGUGGUAGGUAGGUAAGUAGGUUCGCAGGCAGGCAGGCAGCCAGCCAGCCAGCCAGCUUGGUACACCCAUGGCUAACAUACAACAAAAAUAUAAAGAAACAAUCUUCAAAAUACCUUAUCUUAUUUUAAUAACGAAUUAAAUAUUUCAGAGUUGGCGUGGAGCUAUCCCAGAGUAAUAUCGGUCACGAAAAUAGCGAACUUAUAAAAGAACAACAGAAAGAGACACGCAAAGUAAUCAAGAUUCUACGGCUUGUGGUCACUGCAUUUGCAGUUCUUGUCUUGCCCAUACAUUUGCUGUUUAUUUGGAUUGAUUUCUUCAAUGGAGGUGGGUUAAUAGUUUCUUAA